AUGGACUUCAAAGUACAGACGUUCGUGGACCAAGGCUACACCGAGGACGAGGUUAGGGAGGCCCUCGAGUCCCAGAAUGAAGCCUGUCCGACCUUCAGUCUCACCGAGUGCCAGCGACAGUGUGUGCGACAACACCACCGAGGGCGUGGACUGCUCGACGGUCGGCAGCCUGGAGCCCGUCCGGUGCAUGGAGGAAUCGGAAUGUGGGAUUACACCCAGAGGACCUGCUGCGGGUCGAACUUCACGAGCACCUCCACGGAGCCGUCGUGCUCCCUCUCCGAGGAAGAGGACGACAGCGGGGACGGCGGCAACAUGGAAGGGGCGAAUAUCGGAGUCGGGUUGGCUGGAGGCGUUGCCGUGGCGGUAGGGCUUAUCCUGACUGCGCUCUACUUCGUCCACAGGAAGAAGAAGAGGAACCGCUCUCCCAAGAGGGACCGGGAUACUACGGUAGCAGAGGCCGUGGGACCUCCGGAGAACGCACCAAGAAUUCUGGACGCGGAGGUUAGACAGUAACAGCACAUGGAUUGAGCGUGUGUGUUUGUCCGUUUCGAAGGAGGGAGAAAAUGGAGAGGGGCAGGGAGAGGCAGUGCUAAAAGAAGGGGCACGAGCAGAUAGUGUACGAUGCCGUAGAGGCAGAGAGGGGGGGGGAUAGUAGGCCAGACUUGAUACCCCACCGUCGCACUUACGGAACGUGCUGAGUGGGAUGGGGGUUUGAGUGCUAGAGGUCGAGAUGGCGGACGGAAGGGUUACAUGAAACUUUGCGGCGCGGUUUGAUGCAUCUCUUCUUGUUAGUGUUUGCUGCAAGAGUACAGUAGCGUGUGGUGUGUUUUAUGUCCCUUCUAAUCGUUUCUAGCGCACGUCGGUGUUUUUGUGAUUGGCGCCACGCAGGAGGUCGGUGUCACGGAUAUUAUUUCUGUUACAUGUUUAUGUAGUUUUUUGGCUGUGUCCAGUGAAAUCCGACGUGCGUGUUGUUGAGAAGGGUCGGGCUCCGGUACGUAUGCCGGCGGGGCGAAGCUGUUCUGGUUGCCGUUCGUGUUCUCGAACUAUUCACAGACCAUCGUCGCUGAAAAUGUCGCACGUAUGCUGUGUUGUUGAGUACGUAUGACGGUGAAGAUUAUUUUUAUUGGACGCGUUCCCCAUGUUACUCGUUGUUGUGUAGACUGGUCAGUCGGUUUCGUUGUUUUUGUUGUUGUCGUUGUUGCUGUUGCGGCUGCUGUCUCUUGUUCCUUCGUUUUCUUGUUCUUGUUGUCGAGAGAGACUGAGGAGCCAGCGAAACCAAGCACCGUUCGUAAGAACGUUCGUGCGAGCGUUCGCGAGAACCUUUCGUCUCGUCUCCCGCCUUGAAAAAUGUGGCGUUUUUGUCUACAAUUCAGUACUUGAAUAUUUUUUAUUGCAUGGGGGGCUCGUCUGCGGUGGCUUUUCUCUUCUCUUGUCUCGUGCCGAGUUGCUUCCUGCACCUGCUGGUAAUUUUCGCGGCGGCAGGAGAUCUGCUAGGCCCAUAGUUGGUUCCAGGCCCCCGUCCAUGUCAACGAAUCACUGCUGUUCACAUGGCGUCUGAACGCGCGUGUGCAUGUUUUUCUAUUGAUGCGGCUGAAGUCCCGCCACUGCUGCUGUGAGUUGAGAUGGCGCUGGAUAUCAUACAGAGUUUAUUUUGCCUCUUCCCCUCCCACCGCAUCAUCAUCGGUUGCAGAGACUCGAGGAGGACUUUUUUUUUGUUUUUCUGUCGGAGGAGGGGGAGGACAGGGAAGAAUGUUGGGUUGGCUUGUCCAGCGGUAGAGAGGGAGGGCUGACUCCAGAAUGCCUGGAGGCGAGUGUUGACGCAGUUUCUAAGGAGUUGAGGGUACGUUCGGGGUGUAUCUUGACGUAAAAUUCAGCCAAACUUGUAGUCUUGAGGGGAUUGGACAUACAUGGCAAUCCGUCGCAUUGGGUACGUACACGCAGGGGCAAGGAGGGCAGGCGGGUGUCCCCUCAACGUUACUUGUAGCAGUCCUUGUUGUGAUGGAGAAACCGUACGUGGUUCUUGUGUAUUUCGCCACUCCGGCGGUCUACCCCCUGCUUUUGAACGUUUUUUUGUGACUUCUUGGAUUGCAAGCCGAACAAACGUUUCAUCGUCAGGACGGACCGUGUCUUUUUCCAGUGUGCGUGUUACUGAGUGUCUCGCUUUUUAUCGAUGUCGUAUGCAAAUAGCCUUGGUAUUGUCGUGUCUGUCUGCGUGAUAAUUGUACCAGGCUCGUACGUUCUUGAUCUAUCCAGUCAUCCUCUUGUCGUCGUAUUUGUAAUUCUCAUCGAACGUAGGAUAUGUCAGUCAGCGUUAGUUGCCGGGGGGUUUCGUGUGUAGACUUACUUAAAUUUAUGGGUUUGAGGGUUUGUUUGCCUACUCCGGGAUGAAUUUUGUUACGGGAAGGUAUGUGAUUAUGGAGGUCAGCGAGCCGGAGAGAGAAAUACUAUUGACGGAACCCGGACAAAUCACAAAAACCAACGGGAAAAAGAGUAUUUAUGGUGGCGAAUGAAUCAAUCAAGCGGGAUUUUCGGGAACAUGAGGGACAGACGAGAGGUCUGGCAUGCGUCGUAUCGGAUAAUAAUGUAUGUGUACAAAACACGAUUUUCCGAGGUUUCUCGCCGGCCUCCUCUCGCUUUCAUUUUUUUCUUCUUGUUUUUUGGCGCUUGCACAGCAAGAUGGAUAGCCUGCAUCCUGCCCUUGGGACAUAGUCCGGGUAAAAUGGCAUGUGGGCGGAACAAGUCUUGGUGCACGUGCAGCAGUAUUUUUCUACAAGGUUUUCAAGAGGAGGGCUUUUGGGGAGCAAUGCAGCUUACGGUCGGAUUAACACAAAGGGCACCAAAAUGGCGCCAGGAAGAGAGAGGACGGUGGUGGCACUAUCGUGUGACCUGCUUAUUGGGGUCACCGAGAAGUUCGGGUGGGAUUCGGUUGAAUACAUGUAGUCUAGACUUGUAACGGCUCUUUUUUUGUUUUGUUUGGAUGUGUGUGCGUCGUGAGUUUUUGUGCACACACAC